GCGGACCUGCGGGAGAACCGCGCUCCCUCCGCUCCUUCCAGUCCCGUUAGGUGACAGACGCGCUUCUUCCCAUGUUGUUCACCGGGAACUCCGAGCUGCAGCGGGAAUACCGGAUCAAUGAGGGCUUUUUGUUUAGUUUUUAAUUGAACAACAUGGCGGUAUUGGCUGCAGUUUGAGGAGUGAAGACCCCCGGAGCGCUUACUGAUGUUCUCCUCAACAAUAAAGACAUUAUAGAGAUUCAUCGUGGACUGAAGGGCCGAGCAAGGUGUCAGGGAUGCUCUCUGUCCUCCUGCUCGCCGGGUGGAUUCUGGCUGCGUCCUUCCCUGGCACUGCGUCGGAGACGGCCACGCUGCGGUUCCUGGGCCAGACUGACUUCGUCGUCAAUGAGAGUAGCACCGCCGUGGUCCGCCUGGUCAUCGAGAGGGUGGGGGACCCGGUCAAUGUGACGGCGCUCGUUCUGCUGGAGGGAGUCGACACGGGAGACUUUGAAGCCGUGACUGCCGCCGCCUUUCUGCUGUCCACUGAGUCCAGUAAGACCAUCUUCAUCGCUGUGAGAGACGAUGACUUGCCCGAAGCAGAUGAGACGUUUACCUUCAAUCUCACUCUGCAGAGUUCCUCCAAUGGCGUUACACUGGGAACGCCGAACAAGGCGACCAUCACCAUCUUGUCUAAUGACAAUGCCUUUGGAAUAAUUGCCUUCAAUUCAACGGACGAGGUUGUCGUCGAUGAGCCCAGAGGAAGGAACCACUCUGUGCCUUUCACCCUAAUUAGAGAAAAAGGAACAUAUGGGAGCGUGACGGUGAACUUUGAGAUCUCUGACGGUCCCAACUCGGCUUUUGAGGAUCUCAGUCCAGGCAAAGGGAACAUCACCAUUCCUGUGGGACACGCCAUAGCACACUUCAACAUCCUGAUCAGAGAUGACCAGAUCCCAGAGGAUGAUGAAGUGUUCUCUGUGAGGCUGACAGGUGUAGCAGGUGGAGCUCUCCUCAAGCCCAACGCCAGCAGCGUCCAGCUGAGAAUCCGGCGCAACGACAGCCCGCUGCGAUUCUCUCACUCUGUCAUGGCGGUAACGGAGUCUGCGGCAGUCAUUGCCCUCAACGUGACCCGGGGUCGACUGACUGAGGACGGGCCGCUCAUUGGCUCCUUUGAAACUGAGGUGUCUGUGGACUACAUGGUAGUGAGCGGCAAUGGACACGGCAGCGCCACGCCCGCUGUGGAUUUCCAAGACCUGCAGCCAGUCAGAACAGUCACAUUUCCUCCAUUCGUCUACAAAUCGAGCCUGCUCUUCAACAUCAGCGACGACGACGUGCCAGAAAUCGCCGAGUCCUUUCACGUGGUGCUGCUGGAGGAGACGGUCAGGGGGGAUGCCGUGCUCGUGUCGCCCAACGCCGUGCUGGUGACCAUCGAGCCCAACGACAAGCCCCACGGCGUCCUGUCCAUCAGCAGCACCGCACUCGUCCAGCCGAUCAGCAUCAACGAGGAUGCAGCACAGAGAUUUGAUGACAUCUUCAUUAUACGGAAUGGAGGCAGCUACGGUGCCGUGUCGGCCAACUGGUCCAUCAGCAGAAACUCCAGUGAUCGCUCGCCGGUGUCAGACGACCUGAGUCCCGAGGCGGGAACUGUAAGGUUCGCCGCCGGUCAGGUGACGGCCGUGAUUCCAAUCAACAUCGUGACCGACGAUCAAGCCGAGGAGGCAGAAGCCUUCGUUCUCAGGCUGCUGCCCGAUACCGUGACCGGGAAUGCAGAGGUCGACGAACCCAUGGAGAUGGUGUUCUACAUCCAGGACAGUGACGAUGUCUACGGGCUGUUUUGCUUCGACUCAGACAAAGAGCAGAGCAUCCAGAGUGAACGAGAGAGUCGCUUCCUGUCGCUGAACUUCCUGCGGGACGGCGGCACACUGGGCGACGUGCACAUGUCCCUCACAGCCCUCUACAUUCCCGCGGGCCCAGUAGACCCAGCGCUGGCCCGUGACCAGGUCCUGAAUGUUAGCAGGUCUGUUAAUGUGGUGUUUUCCCGGGAGCGGGAGGUCCACGUGGUUCUGCCCAUCAGGAAGGACGCCUUUCUGCAAAAUGGAGCUCAUUUCUUCAUACAGUUGAACUCACUGUCGCUUGUGGACAUCAGUCCCUUAAUCCCUUCGAACAGCCCGAGGUUUGGGGGACCUUUGAACCUGACGUUGACGGUCACCCCCGACAUCGCCAACGGCGAAAUUGGUUUCACAAGUAACACCACAGUGGUUGUUUAUGAACCAGAGGACAGCAAUUCCAGCACAGUGAGCCUCCCUCUACGGCGGGACGGGACCGACGGUCAAGCUGUGGUGUUUUGGAGUCUCCAGCCAGCUGGACCCAAUCAUGAAAAUGUAACCUCUGAUGAUUUGGAGCCUCUAAAUGGCUCUGUGGUCUUUCUGUCGGGGCAGAGUGAUGCCUAUAUUAACCUCACGAUAAUGGCAGACGAUAUCCCUGAAGUCAACGAGACCUUGCUGCUCACUCUGGACAGGACAAAUGUUGAGAAUCAGAUCCUGAAGGCCGGCUUCACCAGUAGAGAAGUUGUCAUCGUGGAGAACGACGACCCUGGAGGAGUCUUUGAGUUUUCCCCGUCAUCCCGAGGUCCAUGGGUUAUUAAUGAGGGUGAGGCAGUGGAACUGCAUGUGGUCAGAGCCCAGGGACAACUUCUCAAACAGCUGGUGCGAUACGCCGUCAUGCCUUCAGGCAACAGCGAGUUCUACGGCGCCACGGGCAUCCUGGAGUUCAAACCGGGGGAGAGAGAGGUGGUGGUGGCGCUGGUGGCGAGGCCCGACGGCGUGCCUGAGCUGGAUGAGACCUUCUCGGUGAUCCUCAGCAGCCACAGCACUCCACCGAGUCGUCUAGGCAACCACCGAGAGGUCAACAUCACCGUGCGGAGGAACGACGACCCCUUCGGGGUCAUUGAGUUCAUCCGAUCGGGACUGACCGUUGCCAUCAAUGAGAGCAAAGGGAGCGCGGCGCACCGGGCUGUGUAUUCCAUCGUGAGAAACAGAGGAGCCUUCCAGGAGGCGUCGGUGUCGUGGGUUUUGCAGCCUGCUCUGUCUGGAGACGUCAGCCCCGUCCAGGGAAACAUCACCUUCAGGGAGGGAGAGAACUUGAAAAACCUGACUCUCUUCUCCGUGCCUGAUGAGAUUCCAGAAGACGAAGAGAACUUCACCAUCACCUUGUUAAACGCCACAGGAGGAGCGCGACUGGGAACCAUAUUAAAUGCCAAUUUACAGAUUAAUAAAAACGAUGACCCCAUUUACUUUGCUGAACCUGUCGUCGUUCGACUUCAGGAAGGGGGAACGGCCAACCUGACAGUUCUCCGGGCGGGGCGCGCAGACUUCGUGGCCACGGUGAUGUAUCGCGUCGAUUACGGCGACGCGUCGCCGGAGGACCUGGCCGCGCUGAGUAAUGACACCCUGCUGGUGUACGAGGUGGGGGAAUUCAUGAAGAACAUCUCUGUGACUGUUGCGGACGACGGCAUACCCGAGACCGACGAGCCGUUUUACAUCGUUCUCUACAACGCCACAGGCGACGCUGUUGUGUACGGGGCAGACACAGCCACUGUGGUGAUCGAGGCCAAUGAUGAUGCCAACGGGAUUUUCUCCCUUGAAUCUACAGAAAAACCUGUCGAGGAAGGAAAAACCAACGAUUUUUAUGUGCUACGUGCUAGGGGCCAUUUUGGUAAUGUCACGGUCUUUUGGCAGCUGUUUGCCAAUGACUCGGUGACUCCUCUGGAAGAAAGCCAGGAGUUUACAAACACGUCCGGCUCCAUCACCUUCACUACAGGGGAACAGAGCAAGGCUAUCGUUCUGGAGGCCGUCUCCGACAAACUCCCAGAGUUCAUUGAGUUUUUUGUUCUCAGGCUGGUAAAUAUCUCAGGUGGAUACCCCGGCGAGGGCGGAAAGCUCGCUGAGACCUCUCUGAAUGCAUCAGUUUUCAUUCCUUUCAACGACGACCCCUUCGGUGUCUUCACCAUCGCCGACGCCAGCCUGGACCAGGAAGUCGCCGAAGACGUGCCUCCUGAGGACGACAUGGCCGAUGUCUCCUCCUUCACCAUACUGCGACAGCAGGGUACCUUUGGUGACGUGCGGGUCGCCUGGGAGAUUGUUUCCGGUCGCUUCCCACAGGGUCUUCCCCUCAUGGAUGACCUGCUCCUCCUUGCCUCUUUUCCGAAUGAGGUCGAGCUCCGGCCUCACGAUCGGAGGCACCACUCGGCCACAGACACGUGGUUUUUCUCGGGACUUCCCGGCGCUUAUGGCACUAUCCCCCCUGAAGAUGGGCCCGCUGCCAUUGGCAAUUUCACCUUCUCCGCUUGGCUGGUGCCCAGACCAGACACUGAUGGAUUCAUUGUGUCAAAAGGACCCAAAAACGGGAGUUUGUAUUACGGAGUGAAAAUCCACACCAAUGAGUCUCAUGUCACUGUCAUGCUCUACUACACAGCAACAGGCUCAGACAACACCCAGGUGGCAAGAGCCUCUGCUGAGAAGUUUGUGGAGGACAAUACAUGGCUCCAUGUCAUCAUCACAGUUGACGAUGGGAUUAUUGAGUUCUUCCUGGAUGGGAAACCGAUUCCUGGGGGACUGAAGAGCAUCAAAGGAGAGGGCAUCAGUGAUGGUCCUGCUACAGUGUUCAUUGGGUCGGAUGUGGAGGGCGGUCACCGCUACACUGGUCUUCUGCAGGACAUCCGCCUGUACCACACCAAACUCAACCGCAGCCACAUCCACGAGCUCCACACCCAGCCCUCCAAGACGGACCUGCGGAACAUCUCGGGCUACUUGCGGUACCGGCAGGACGAGAGCAAGAAGUCGUUCGUGGUGGAGGUCAGGGACGACAGUGAGGAGGAGGGGGAGGAGGUGUUCUACCUGCAGCUGGUCGCGGUGCGAGGGGGAGCCCGCCUCCCCGUCCCCAGACCCACCGCCAUCUUGCGGGUCAUGAAGAGCGACAAUGCCAACGGUCUUUUUGGAUUCACCGGCGCGUGCAUACCUAAUACCACAGAGGAGGGCUCCAAUGUCUCCUGCGUGAUCGAGCGAAUGCGGGGAUCUCUGGACCACGUUUAUGUCAACUACACUGUUACACAGCGGGACAGUGACGCGCUGGCUCUGCAGGAUUUUGUUCAUGCAACCGGAGCUGUGCUUUUUAUGCCUGGACAGCGUUCUGAGGCUCUGAACUUGAUGGUGUUAGAUGAUAACCUCCCAGAGCUUGCGGAGUCCUUUAAAGUCACUCUGGUGUCAGCGGAGUCUGGUGAUGGGAAACCAGGCUCCACAGCCACCAGCGGGGCCAGCAUCGACCUCAGUAACUCCGUCAACAGCAUCACCGUCAGAGAGAGCGACCAUCCUUACGGUCUGCUGCAGUUUCAGCCUGACCCUCUAGCAGAGGGAUUGAUCUCUCCAGCAUUAGAGCCUGCUCACAUCACUGUCAAUGAAGAAGAUGGGCAGAUCCGUUUACCUGUGGCCAGGGCCCAAGGCCUUCUGGGAAGAAUCAUGGUGGGAUAUAGGACGACCCCCUUCACUGCUUCAAGCCCAGAAGACUACGAGGACUCAGAGGGCAUGUUGGACUUUCUUCCAGGGGAGAGGUUGAAGUUCAUCAGCGUGACCAUCGUAGACAAUCCUGUUCCUGAGCUGGAAAAGAUUUUUAGAGUGGAGCUUUUUAAUGCUGAUGGAGGAGUGGAUCAGUUUCUGCAUAGUGAAGGGAGUGGUAGUGGGGAGAGUGACUAUGACUUCCUUCCUCCAUCCUAUCACCACCACGUCAGUUUGGGACCUGCAUCGCACAUCACAGUGACCAUCGCCGCAUCAGACGACGCCCACGGUGUGUUUCAGUUCAGCCCUGAAUCUCUGUCUGUCAAUGGCACAGAGCCUGAGGAUGGACACAGCUCUGUUGUCCUGAAGGUGGAUCGGUCUUUUGGUGACCUCUCCAACGUCACCGUGUUCUGGGAAGCUGAUCCCAGCUCUGAGGGGGAGCUUGUCAGCAGAUCUGGAAGCAUCACCUUUGGUGUCGGUCAGACGUCAGGAAACAUCCUCAUCACUGUGGCCCAGGAUGAGAUCCCCGAACUGGACAAGAGCUUCAAUGUUUCCCUGGUCAAUGUCUCACACGGUCGCCUGGGUGAAAAAACAUCCGCUGUCCUGACGGUGCUUGCCAGCGAUGAUCCUUACGGGGCUUUUGUGUUUACCAAUGUGACAAGAUCCGUUCAACUUCCUGAAGCCGAUGCAACCGUGUCCCUCACCAUCCUGCGUCAGAAAGGCCUGAUGGGUCAGGUGCGAGUAACAUAUGGGACACUGAAUGAAGCAGAUCCUGCCCCUUACCGGACCCCUGGGGUGGGCCGAGCUACUGAGGGGCGGGAUUUCGUUCCCCUCUUCAGCUCUGUUGUGUUUGUGGCCAAUCAGACUGAAGCCAACAUUACCCUCAGAAUCCUGGAUGAUGAAGAUCCGGAGAGAGACGAGUCUGUGUUUGUGAAGUUGAUCAGCGUUGAACUGAUUCAAAGAGAACAGGAGAGGCUCAUCUCUAACUCACCUUCUCUGGGCUCCAAGUCUGAUACUGUAGCUCAGGUGAUCGUGGAGGCCAGUGACGCUGCUUUCGGAGUGCUGCAGCUGUCGGCUCCUGCUGUCAGUGUGGCAGAACACUACGUUGGGCCUAUAAUUAAUGUGACACGUGUCGGAGGGAUCUUUGCUGACGUGUCUGUAAAGUUCAGAGCAGUGCCUUUAACCGCCAGAGUCAGUGAAGACUACAGCGUAGCCUCGACUGACGUGGUCCUCCUUGAAGGGGAGUCCAGUAAAUCCGUACCCGUAUAUGUCAUUAACGACCUGGUUCCUGAGCUCGAGGAGACGUUUCUCCUUGAGCUGAUCAACCAGACCACCGGGGGAGCGCUCCUGGGGGAGCUCACACGUGCCAUCAUCACCAUAUUGCCUUCAGAUGACCCUUUUGGUGCCUUUGUCUUCCAGGCUGCUCCAGUUACGAUAGAAGAGCCUGAAUCAGACUCCGUUGAGGUCUCGUUGCCUGUUGUGCGUAAUGCUGGUACUAUUGGAACAGUGGCAGUGCAGUGGCAGGCCACUGUGAACGGUAAACUGGCAGUGGGGGAUAUUAGACCCACAUCCGGUGAGGUGAGAUUUGCUCCUGGAGAGACGAUGAAGACAAUCAGAGUGGAGAUUUUAGCUGACGAUGUACCAGAAAUUACUGAGAUAAUUAAGGUGGAGCUGACUGGUGCCAGUAAUGGAGGAAACUUGGGAGCUGAGACAUUUGUCAAUAUAGUAGUGCCUGCAAACGACAACCCGUACGGGACAGUCUACUUUGAACAGUCUGUUUACCGUGUCCAGGAGCCACUGGAGGGAUUUUAUAGAUCCAACAUUACUGUCCGCCGAAGAGGCGGCCAGUUCGGGCGCUUGGAGAUCACGUACAGCACCUCCGACAUCGAUAUUGUUGGCUUGGCUCAGGCUGAUGGCCAGAACCUGUUGAUGUAUUACGACGUUCCAAAACCAGGCGUCCCGGCCUCCGCCCUGCUUCAGACGGCCGACAUCUCCGGACAGGAAGACCCCCUGGCUGCGUGCGCUGCUGUGUGCCUCAGAGAGCGUGCUUGCCGGGCUUUCUCUCUGUCCUCGGUUGUCACCUCCCCAUCAUGCACUUGGGUGACCUCCGGGGCCGACCAGCUGACCCCUAAAACUCAGGUUAUGACUUACGUAAAGAACAUCACUGCAGCUGAUGUGUUGUUUAGUGCCCAGGCCGUGGCGGGGAGUGAUUACACCCCCGUGACAACUCAAAGUGCCUUCAUGGAUGACAGAUCGGAGAUCGCUAACCUCACAGUUCUGAUCCUGACUGAUAAAUUCCCAGAGAUGGAUGAGAGCUUUGCCAUAAAGAUAUUAAAGGUGGAGCUGAUGAAUCUGACCGUGCCAGAGAAGGACCUGCCCUCCAUCGGUCAGCCGGACGAAGCUGUUGUGACAAUCGGGGUGAAUGGCGAUGCAUUUGGAGUGUUCCUGAUCUACACCCUCAGUCCCAACAGCACGAACGAGGGGCUCUACCUGGAGGUCCGAGAGGAGCCUGCUACCGUGGUGCCGCUGGUUAUAGAGAGAAGAGGAGGUAAUCUGGGAACCGUCACCGUCGAGUGGAGAUUUGUUGGAGGAAAAGCCACUCCAGACGUCGAUUUCACCGGGACUCAUGGAACCCUCCUCUUUGAUGGUGACCUGAAAAAAACAAUCGAGAUCGUAAUCAAAGAAGACUCCGAACCCGAGGACAACGAAAGUCUCAUGAUUGGUCUUGUUAAUACUGCUGGAGGAAGUCGAAUCCUGCCCAGUUCGGAUACAGUAACCAUUGUGAUACUGGCCAACGACAACGUGGCUGGGAUCGUCGGUUUCCAUCCAGCCUCACACUCUGUCAUCGCCAGAGAAGGAGAGAAGAUGUCAUUAUUAGUGCUGAGAACAGCUCCAGGUUUGGGGAAUGUCACAGUGGACUGGACCAUACGGGGGCCCCUCGUGCAGCGGACCUUCACCCAAACCUCAGGGACGCUUUUCUUUGCUGAGGGUGAUCUGAAUGAGACCAUAGCACUGCAGCUUCUUGACGACGCUGCUCCAGAGGACAAAGAUGAAUAUAAAAUUUCCUUGUCAAACAUACAAACUUUUGGUGUUGUGGUGAGCGGCCAUGCUGCUCUGGAUGCGCAGCGAAGUGAGGCAGUGCUGACUGUGGACACCAGCGACGAGCCGUACGGCCUGCUGAGCAUCGCUUCGUCGUCGCUGAGCGUGACCACGGAGGAGCGGGACCAGACUGUUAACAUCUAUGUCAACAGAGAGUUUGGAGCUUCAGGUGUGGUCAAUAUAACCUAUGAGGUUAUUAAAGGCUCCCUUCAGAAUCUGUCUGAGGUCGAGGGUGCGCUCGCCGAUCCAGAUCAAGACUUCAUCUCUGGCACUAGCUUUGUAAUUCUUCAGGACGGCCAGACUUCAGUUGCCAUCCCUGUCACCAUACUGGAGGAUGAUAUUCCAGAGUUGCGGGAGUUCUUCCUGGUCAAUAUAACAUCAGCUGUUCUCAUCACAACUGUUGCCACUGCCCCUCAACUAGACACUCAGGGUUUGGUGGCAGAAGUCAGCAUCGCUGCCAAUGAUGGAAUAAGAGGUGUGAUUGAGUGGACAAAUACGAUGUUUGAAGUAAAUGAAACAAUCGGAGCCCUGACUCUGGUGGCUUACAGGAACAAGGGGACAUAUGGGAACGUCUCUCUCCUGUUCUUUGCUCAGAAUCUGGAGGCUCAACAGGGACUGGAUUACAACACGAGCGAAACGAUGCUCUAUUUUGUAGAGGGUGAAAGGCACAAGUUUGUUGAUGUGCAGAUCGCUGACGACGCCAUCCCAGAGGGUGCUGAGCGAUUCCAGCUCAUCCUGUCUCAGCCCUCUCCUGGGCUGGAGCUGGGAACAAACACCACGGCCACUGUGACUAUCCUGGCCAGUGACGAUGGACAUGGAGUCAUCUCCUUCAACACCAGCGAACAUUUGCUAUUGAAAGAGCCGACCUCCAUGUCAGGGCUGAGCGAGAGCGUUGCCAGCUUGUUUGUGGUGAGGAACCCUGAGGAGGGCACGUUUGGAACCGUGUCUGUUCAAUUUACCAUCGUCGAUGCCAACGGGAGCCUGGCAGAGGGCGAUCUAAUGCCGGCACAAGGGUUUGUGGUCCUGGAGGACGGGGUCAGAUUUAAGAUGCUGGAAGUCAGGGCAGUACUCGAUGCUGAACCUGAAGCAAAUGAAACCUUCACCGUGGUCCUGUCAAACCCAACAGGAGGGGCACGGCUCGGCAACCAACUCCAAACUCUCAUCACUGUCCUAGAGAACCUAGCGCCUUCCGGCUUGUUCCGCAUUGGACCUACCCUCAACCGGACUAGUACAGAUGUAGUUGCAGAAGAAGAUGGCAGCACGGUCUUCCUCACAGUGUCUCGCAGUAAUGGUCUGGAGUCAGCGGUUAGUGUAGAGUGGGAGGUGCAGUCGGACACGGCUGUUGCUUCAGAGGGUCACCUCUCGGUUCUGGGUGUGUACCAGAGCUUUGACGACAGCCCCACCUCCGCUUGGUGCUCCCUUCCUGAGGGCCCUCCUUUCCAGGCCAUGAGGCUGGACAGGACGCCUCUCGUUGACUCAUCUUAUACUUUGGCCACUCUGUACCGGUGGCAGGGUGUUUUUGUGGCAGUAGAGUCUGUCAGGAUUCAGGACCCAGGCUCAUGCGUCGGGUUUGCAGUGAAUGGUUCCACUUAUAUUGGCAUCACCCAUGGCGGUCCUCCAUUUUUCCCUGCUGCAAACCUGAGCAUCUUCAAAUUGCAAAGAGAUCUUAAUAUGACAUUGGAACAAACGUUGGGUGUGGAAGCUCUGGAUGUGAAGCAUUUCUCCACAGAAGGCAGAGACUUUCUGAUAGCAUCAAGCCAGAUUUUUCUUUGGAGCGGUGGUUCUUUUACACUCUUCCAGACCCUGGACUUUAAGCAGGACAUCCUCAGCGUGACUCCAUUUCCCCGUGCAGCGCCCCCCCACCUGCUGGUCUGCUUAAACAGGCCGACGGAGAGCUGCGUAAUACUUAAGUGGAACAACGGGAGAUUUGAGGAUUCACAGGCCCUACCGCUCGCCGGCCGAUCCAGUCAGGUGGACACAAUCCUCACUGGAACAGAGGAUAAUAUCCUGUUGGUCGCUUUUGAAGGUCCUACACCCUCCUGCGAGGUGUUGCAGUGGAGUUCAGGGCAGUUUUCUCCACAGCUUGUUCAGUCCAUUCCUCACCCUGGCCUCACCUCCAUUCACCCCUUCACGACCCCGUCUGGGAUCACAUACAUCGUGUUGGCUGGGAAGAACGGUUCAUCCCUCUACUCUUGGAGGUCUGACGUCAGCCUGUUCACCAUGAUCCUGAGGGCCCCUCCGGCCACCCGCUUCCUGUCGCUCAUGGUCCCGUCCCUCAACGUCACGAAGGUCCUCUUGGCGACUGCGGAGGAGAAAAGCUCCACUGUUUAUGAACUGACGUCCGUCUCCAAUCAGUCUGACUUCAUUCCAAGUUUUGGGGAGUUAUACUUUGCACCGGGCGACAGCGAGCUGGAAAUAGCAGUGAACAUCAUAGAUGAUGACAUCCCGGAGGUGGAGGAGCGUUUCCACGUCACACUGAAGAACCCAAAGGGUGGAGCUGAGAUAGGAUUUGGUGGUCGGGUCACGAUAACUGUCCCGGCUAAUGACGAUGCCCACGGAGUCAUCGGCUUUGCUCAGAAUUCUCUCUCAUUGGAGGUUGAGGAGUUGGAGCAAAAUAAUCAAAUUUCCCUCAGUGUGGAGCGGAGACGAGGGAGCUUUGGCAGGCUGACUGUUCACUGGACUGCCAGUGGCAGUUUGGCAGACAUUUACCCCACUUCAGGAGUGGUAACGUUUUCUGAAGGCCAAACCGUGGCCAUCAUCUCACUGGCUGUAAUAGCAGACGGCGUCCCCGAGCUGAGCGAGAGCGUCGCCAUCACCCUCCUAGAUGUCACCACUGUGGGGCUUCAAGACCUUCGACAGGCUGCAGUUAUCGACAAGCAAUGGGCGCAGGCUCUGCUCACCAUUUUACCAAACGGCUCCCCCUACGGGGUGAUCGGAUGGCAUCUGGACUCCCAGUUCACUCUGACAGAGGAACCGCAGAAUGGUCCCCUCAAUGUGACCCUUUCCAUCGUGAGAGAGCAGGGCUCCUCGGGUGAGGUGGCCGUCCAUUACCAGACCAGGCCAGCCCUCUACCUGCCCUCAUCCAACCAAGCCGCGCCUGGAAAGGACUUCUCUGAGAAAGACGAUACCAUCGUCAUGAUAAAUGGUGCGACUGUGGCCAUCGUCACGGUCACAAUCCUGCCGGACGAUAUCCCAGAGUUGGCAGAAAGCUUUCUGGUGAAUAUCACUGGAGUGGAGCUGGUCGGAGGGUCGGUUGGAGCCGGGCAGCCCACUGUGAAGAGGUCUGGCUUGGAAGUGGCAGAGGUCACCAUCCAGGAGAACGACGACCCCCGAGGGAUCCUGCAGCUCAACGUUUCUGAGGAUAUCCUUGGAGGUGUGAUGGCCUUCGAGUUACCGCCACCAGACAACGUCCUGCAUCUGCCAGUGGUGCGGCUCGCGGGGACGGCUGGAAGGUUGGUCGUCUACUGGGAGGCUCAGCCAGGCACCGCCGAGCUGAACGACUUCAGCCCCACGUCAGGAAACAUCACCUUUCAGGAUAGCCAGAGAGAAGCCACGAUUUCCAUCACAGUCCUGGAUGAUGAUCUUGUGGAGUCUGCUGAAACCUUCAGGGUGAAUUUGCUGCGUGUGAUUGGUGGUGCUCGACUUGGACAAGCGGUCUCUGUAACCGUCACUAUUCCAUCAAAUGAUUCUCCGCUUGGACGGUUUGGAUUUCAAGAGCUGGAGGUUUCUGUCAGUGAGCCAGAGUUUGAGGAUGACCCUGCGGCCAUGGCCACACUGGCUGUGCUGCGGAGUGCAGGAGGUGAGGGGGGAGUGACUCUGACGUGGCGGCUGGGAGAUGAUGCUGGAGACGAUCUCUCACCUGUCAGAGGAACUCUCACCUUCACUGAGACUGAUUCUAUAAAGUCCUUUGUGAUUCGAGCCCUUGCCGACUCUGUCCUGGAAGGGGACGAGCAUUUCACCGUGCAGCUGUUUCCUGCUGACAGUGGUGCCAUCAUCGACCCUCUAAAUGGUAUGGCCACCGUCACCAUCAGGGCAGAUAAAGCUGCUCUCGGGAUUGUGGGAAUAGCAGAGUCCUCUAAAAACAUUCUCAUUGGAGAACCUCAGGGAGAUUAUAACGGGACCGCCACAGUCAGCCUUGUACGAGGUCCCGGUGUGUUUGGAGAGGUUCAGGUCUACUGGAAUAUUACUCCAGCUGUGAUUUCUGAGUUUGAGGCCGUCUCUGGCACUGUGACUCUGGGAGAUGGACAGUCUGUUGCCACUUUUCCACUGAAGGUACUGGAUGAUGAAAUCCCAGAAGAGCGACGCGAGUACCAGCUUACACUGACCUCGGCCACGCCAGGACUGGAAAUAAGUCCCAUGGCAAAGCAUGCCAGGAUUGUUAUGGCUGCCAGCGACAACCCUUAUGGACUUUUCUCUUUCACCCAGCUGCAGAUCGGCGCAACAGAGGAGGAAGGAAUGGUGAACGCAACAGUUACUCGCUCUUUUGGCAGCGUGGCCAGUGUGUGGGUGACCUAUGAGACAUCGGGUCACACAGCUCUCAGUGGAAUAGAUUUUGCUCCAACUUCGGGACGUUUGCUGUUUAACCCUGGCCAAACCUCCAAACAAGUCGCUGUGCACAUCCUGGAUGACAAUCUGCCAGAGAGGCCGGAGAUGUUUUUCCUCAAUAUGACUAAAGUGGAGCUUGUCAAUGUUAGUGCUGUGGACUACACUUUGGGAGAGUUUGGUCUUCAACCGGACCAGCCUCCAGCAUUCGGCAACAUCUCCACUCUGACUGUGGUCAUACUAGAAAAUGACAACGUUGAAGGCGUCCUGGAAUUCAGGCAGGACUUCCUCAGUAUUACAGUUGAGGAGGAUGUGGACUCCGUGUUGAUCCCCGUGGUGAGGAAAGUGGGAUCAUAUGGACUGGUCUCAGUUCAGUUUGUGUCAAGAGGCUUGAGUGCAAUCCCUGGUCUGGACUACAUUCUCAACAACGGGUCAUUGACAUUUGCUGAUGGUCAGAAUACCAGCCACAUUAAUGUCACCAUUCUGGAUGACCUGGACAGUGAGCCUGAAGAAACAUUCGAGGUCUUGCUGGUUGGAGCUACAGGAGGAGCGGUUGUUGGUUCACAGCAUGUAGCUCGAAUCACCAUUGCUAAGAGCGACUCUCCCAGUGGGCUGGUCCGUUUCCUCAACGAGUCCGUGAUCACUCUGGCCAACCCGAACUCCACUCUGAAGCUCAGUCUGGCUUUGGGCAGAGCAGGAGGUCUUGUGGGUAACGGAACGGUUUCUUGGGUCAUUCGUGGCCCCAACAGCAGAGACGUCCUUCCUGCGUUAAACACUGACAUAAAGGGGCCUGUGAACGGAUCAGUCCUCUUCAGGGACGGAGAGGAAGACGUGCACGUCAUAGAGCUGCGGAUUCUCCCCCACGGGGAGGUGGAAGUGGAGGAGACGUUCGUUAUCGAGCUCAGCAUCUUGUCAGGAGAGAUGGAUGUCGAUCCUCAGGCCGGUUCUGUAACUCUGAAGAUCGAGAAGUUUGGUGAUCCGAAUGGAAUUGUCCAGUUUACUGGGGAUGCUCUCCGAGAACGCGUCUAUAAUGAAUCUACAGAACCAGUCAGCAUUUCCCUGUCGAUCAAACGCAGAGAAGGUGUCAUGGGAAACGUCACGGUGCACUGGCAGAUACAGAGUGACUCAGAUGCGUCAGGCGACUUCCUGGCUUCGGCUGGCUCAGUGGUCAUUUUGGAAGGACAAAGAGAGGCAGAAAUAGUCCUGAGUCUGAUGCCUGACGCAGUGCCAGAGCUGGAGGAGCUCUACGUGGUCCAGCUCACUGCUGUAGAGGGCGGCGCUACUCUGGAUGCCAACUCUCAACUGACCACAGCUUAUAUCAGAGUGCUUUCUAAUGAUGAACCCCACGGAGUUUUUUCCCUGAACCCGGAGCAACAGUCUGUUGUUGUAGUGGGUUCGGGGUCAGAGGUCACCAGAGCUCUGAUUUUAAAUGUGACCCGGCUUGCUGGACUGUUUGGAAACGCGAGUGUUGGCUACCGGAUCACUGGAGGUAUGGAGGAAGUGAUGGACAUGCAGGAGAUACUGGGAGGACAAGCUGAAGGGAGGGUCGUUUUGAGAGACGGGCAGGAAUUCGGGAGCGUCACUGUUCCCAUCAGUGACCAGGUGUAUUUGUCCGUUGGGUCGAGCUUCACGGCGCAGCUCACUGACGUUAGACUCGUCAGUCCCGUCCUCGGCUCUCUGCCUCGUCUCCUUCAGGAAGGCAGCCUCGCUACGAUAACCGUUCCCGAAGAAGCCGCCAGUUCAGAGGUUGGCUUCGCCUCAGUGGCUCUCCUGGUUUCAGACGUAGAAACAGGGAGGUGUGAGGCAAAGGUGACCCGAACGGGGCUUUUUGGGGACGUCACCGUGCAGUGGAAAGCUGGGUAUCCUUCAGGACAGACUCUGCCUGGCUUUAAGACCGGGGUCAUCACUCCAAGCACAGGUUCAUUGACCCUGGUCCACGGGGAGCGGAGUAAAGCCAUAUCUCUCACAGCUGUUGCUGAUACGUUAGAGCCAGCUGUUUACGCCAUACACCUCACCGGCGCUGCACCCAGCCCCGCUGCACCGGCUGCUGUCAAGUUCAGAUCAGGGUUCAUCGUGGCUGAGGUUGAGCCCCUGGGGGUCUACCAGUUUGCCCCCGUUUCCCGCCAGCUUGUGAUUGCAGAGGACAUCCAGACUAUAACGCUUUACGUUCAGAGACUUUAUGGUUCUCGUGGCAACACCACCCACCUCACCUACAGGACGGUGGCAGGCAGUGCGGCGGCCGGGGAGGACUUCAUCGCCGUGCCAGAUGGCCGUUUGGUCUUCGACUCAUCCCGUCAAACCAACUCUUCACUCCAGCUUUCGAUACUUGACGACUCGCUCUCAGAGCCCGAUGAGAAUUUUCAAGUAAACCUAACAGAUGCUCAGGUCCUCAAUCCAGACCCGGCUUGGCUGGGCGUCUCUCCUCGAAUCAACCCUCUGCACAGCGUGGCCACCGUCACCAUCCUCGCCAGUGACGUGACCGGCGGCGUUCUCAGCAUCGGACCAGGAGCCGUCGAAGUACCGGAGGAUAGAGAUGAGGAAACCCAGCAGGAGAGGCGGGUGGUCCUGAGAGUGCGCCGGUCUGACGGUGAUGCUGGGGCUGUGAGGGUCCGGGUGCAAGCCUACGGAGAUGGAAGCACAACGCCCGUUCCCUUCACUCUGGAUCCUGCCGCGAGUCUCGCGAGGGAAGAGCAGGACUUCCGUCUGCAGUCCACCACCGUGUUCCUGCAGGCCGGUCAGAGUGAGGCUGAGCUCAUCCUGCUCAUCCUGGACGACUCGGAGCCCGAGGGCCGGGAGGUGUUCUACAUCUACCUCAGCGAUCCAGAGGGAGGGGCGCAGAUCGCAGACAGUCCAGACCAGGGCUUUGGAGCAUUUGCCAAGAUCACCAUUCUUGGAAGUGACCUUCAUAAUGGUAUUGUGGGGUUCAGUCUUAAUUCUUUGACGGGCCAAACUCUGGACGAGGAUUCAGAGAACAGGACAACUGUGCUCUACGUAGAGAGACAAGAGAACAGAGCAUUUGAGGAUGUGCAGGUCUUCUGGAGAGCUACUUUCAGCACAGCGAGUCCGAGCCUUGUCAGUGACGGAGUCAGCUUAACUGCACAGCUUGUGCAGACCUCAGGAAUAACCGUCUGUAGGAGAGGAGAGAUCAUGUGUGCGCUCACACUCGAGGUCCAGCACGACGAGGACCCUGAGUUCCAGGCGUGGUUCUUGGUGGAAAUCUAUCAGGUGGGUGCCGGAGCCGCCAUUAAUGAGACCGCCCGCUUUGCCAACGUCACCCUGGCAGAGAGCGACGACCCACGGGGCCUCGUGUUCUUCGCCAUGGGUCACAGACUGCCCAUCGCCACGCUGACCACCACAAAGCUCAGUCUCCAGGUUCACAGACGAGCCAGCACUGCUUCAGCCAUGUCUGUACAGUAUCGCACAGUGGAGCUUCCCAGGGAGGAUGCGGUGGGUCCCUGGAUUAUCUGGCCCGCUAAAGCCGGCAUGGACUUUCCUAAGCAGGAGGGCCGACUGACCUUCAACGUGGGGCGUCGGAAUACGUCUCUGGACAUCUACCUGACCCCUGACCUUGCCUCAUCUUUUCCCACACCGAAGCGCUUCCAGGUUGAGCUGUACAAUCCCACAGGGGGCGCCGCAGUGCACCCUCAGUUUGGCCUUGCUAAUGUGACUGUGGUGUCGAAUGCAGCAAGUGAAGCUGUGUGGGUCUUACUGGAUCAGCUACAGCAGCCCCUCCACCCAAAUAUCAUCAAUCAGGUGCUGCACGCAUUGAUGAAUAAAGUCACUGCACCUCUCAGCCGUGAGCAGACGAUCGCCGUGCUCGAAGCUUUGGGGAAGGUGCUUACAGAGGCAGAAAGGACACUGUUGCAAGAAAGCAGCCGCAAUCUGACCUACGACCUGUUGUGUGCCUUGGUCAAUCCCAACCGAAUCGACACCCGAGGCCUUAGUCACCUGGCGGAGAUGGCCGAGCGAUUUGCGUUCUCUCUUCUCACUGAGAGCCAGUGUGAAAUAAAAGGCGCCGUCCUGGAGACGUGUCCGUAUAUGACCAUCUCUGCCUUCCAGUGGUACCCCACACAGAUCAACGGGCACAAAUUCAGGGGCCGUAACACAGACUUCUUCCAGCUCCCGGACGCCCUGCUGGCCGUGCCGGCAGCCCCGACAGCCGACUGCAGGAACCUCAGCCGGAUUCAGCUGACCGAGUUCAAAACCGAACACUGGUUUCUUAGCAAUGAUACAAACACUGCUCUCAGUGGGAAGGUAUUCUCAGUCACCCUCCAGGACAGAGGGUCGCGACCUCUCGAAGAUGGCAGUGAGGUGGUGUAUCGUAUCCACACCCCCGGACAGCAGGUCAAACCAGGCCAGUCUGUGUGCCUUCUCUGGAACCAGACCACUGCCAGCUGGUCAUCAGAUGGUCAGUACUGCAGGGUUGUGAAGGAGGGUGGGAAUUACGUCGAAUGUGCGUGCUCCCACUUGUCCAUCUACGCGGCCCACGCCGAGUUUACUUUGCUCGCCUCGUACAACGACGCCUUCUAUGCCUCAGGAUUCAUCUGUAUCUCAGGUUUCGCCUUGGCCAUCAUAUCCCACACGCUCUGCUCCCGAUUCCCCAUGUUUGCUGCCAAACUGCUGACUCACAUGAUGGUGGGCUGCCUUGGAACUCAGAUUUGUUUCAUGGUGUCGGCUUUUCGUGGAAAAGUGUUUUCAGAGGAGAGCUGCGCUGCUCUGGCUCUCUUCUCCCACUAUUUCCACCUCAGUCAGUUCUUCUGGAUGCUCAUACAGGCGGUGAACUUCUGGCAGGUGCUGGUGAUGAACGACGAGCACACCGAGCGCCGGUACCUGCUCUACUUCCUCCUGGGCUGGGGUCUUCCUGCGCUCGUCAUCACCGUCCUGGUCACCGUGCUGCUCGGCGGCCUGGACUGGAGCCUGUACGAAGUGUACGGACUCGUGCAGGGAGACGUGUGCUUCAUCCCAAACAUCUAUGUGGCUCUGUGCACGGCGGUGCUCGUGCCCCUCAUCUGUCUAGUCGCGGUGCUGGUUGUGUUCAUCCACGCCUACCAAGUUGCUGAGCAGUGGAAGGCCUACGACGACAUUUACCGCGGACGGACCAACAGCACAGAGGUGCCGCUGGUCCUCUACCUGUUUCUGCUCAUCUCGCUGGUCUGGCUGUGGGCGGGACUUCACAUGGGCUAUCGCCAGCUGUGGAUGCUCAUCCUCUACGUCAUCUUUAACUGCCUGCUGGGCUUGUACGUGUUCGCCGUCUAUUUCAUCAUGCACAAUCAGCUGUUCUGGCCGACUAAAGCCAGCUACACGGUGGAGAUGAGCGGCCACGACAGCCCAGACUCCACCUACCAGGGCGGGGGACCCACCACUGUCGGAGGAGACAUCAGUAAAUCCACUCAGAAUCUCAUCAGCGCCAUGGAGGAGAUUUCAGCAGACUGGGAGCGGGCGUCACUGCGGCCGACCGUACAGCCCGGCAGUGUGUUCAAGCCCAGUCCGGCGAUGGAGACGUACGGCACCGAGGGCGGAUUCAUCAACACCAACCUGGUCACUGCCGACGAGGAGUCGCAGGAGUUCGACGACCUCAUAUUUGCCUUAAAAACAGGGACGGGCCUGAAUGUCAGUGAUAACGAGUCCAUCCCCGGAAGUCACGAUGGAGGAAGCGUCACCAACUCGCAGAUAGUGGAGCUGAGACGAAUCCCCAUCGCCGACACACACCUCUAACCUCUUCACCCCAGCUCACACACGCUGUUUAUACGACAAAGACAGAUUUCCGAGGCAGUAUUUUUAUAUUGUAAAGUGUUUUGCACUAAAACUGUUUUUAAAUAGCUCCUUUUUCAUAUAGAUGGUUGAGACUGUAUGUGAUUUGUACUGUACAUCUUUUCACAUAAAUGUUUUACUAAAUGUAUUUUUUAAGAGUCCUCCAGGCAGGUGUUUUCUGAAUGUAUAUUUUGGUUUUUUUGUAAUUUUAGAGAUCUAGCUGGAGAUAGAAUGAUGUACACCUUUAGCACAACGUCUGCAGGGGACGGGGAUUGUGUUGCAUUGUUAUUAAAUGAUGAACUCUU